AUGGACUUAAUGCCGAUAAAAGUCGCUGCCCUGAUUCUGAAACAUCACGGCAUUGCAAUGUGCAUUGUGGGUGAGCUGGCACUGAACUAUUACAACGUCCCCCGCGUUUGUCAUGUUAGUCGCCCCGUUUGUUCGACGCGUUCUCGCAUGACUGAUGACAAUCAGGAUCUGGAGAUAUGUGUACCCAAGUCCAGCUCUUCGGUAGCAGCCAACCUCCUGUGCUCCACGGGUCUCUUCAAUUCUUGCGAAAUGGGCGGUGACUUCAACAACUUCACAGAGUAUAAGCGUGAUAUCCCGCGGGUACGGACCACGUGCUGGUGCCCGCCGCAGACCAUUGUCAUAUUCAACGCCGCUUUCUUCGGCUUUGACUCCAUCGAGGAUGUCCUCGUACCGCCUAUGAGUGAAGGGAAUAUCCACAUCAGCAAAGAGAUCGAGCUGAAUCGGGAGGAUAUUACCAACCUGCAUUUACCUCGCCUAGCACCUCUUCUCAAGGGUUUGGCAACGAGAUUUUUGGAUACCAAGGAUGAUGUAGCCAUGAUAGGAGUCGAGCAGCUCGUUGAUGGCAUGGACCUCGAUGAAGCUUGGGUCGAAAGACAGCUUGGAGGCUCCGAUGCUGCUCUUCUGGAUCUAGUCAUGAGCCAGAUUAGAAGCAAGAAGUCGAGGAUAGAUUACUACGCGGACAACAAAAUCACGUGCUUUGUUUCCGACCAAGAGGAAGCCGAGAAGAUACGGCUAAUCCCUGGGUUCGAAUGA